AUGGAGCUUUAGUGGUAAACAGUCUAAAAUGGUUGCAUGACUUCUCGUUUACCAUAAAAAAAGAAUUGGUAUUUAAUACAUCAUUAAUCAAAUAAUAGUUAAUUCAUCAGAUACCAUCAUUAAUCUACAGAUUUCUCUAAUUCUAAAAAUAUAAUCCCCUAAAUGCAAUCCGUUUGUAAUGAUACUAUUCGCAACGAUAAUCUAUAUGUGUAACCAAAGAUUUGUACACAAUAUGAAAGUUUAUUGAAAAAAAACAAAGAAAAAAUUUAAGAAAUUAAACAAUUGAUCUUAACUUCAAGAAAAUCGAACCCAAUAUAAAUAAAGAAGAACUUUGUUAAAGAGUAAAGUAAAAACGAAUAGAAAAUGAUAAUUGAAAUACCAAAACCUAUUCGCAAUGUUUCCAAUUUUUCCAGUGAUAGCAGGCAAUCUUUCACAACCAAUUAAACAACCCCAUUAAGGAGUUCUAGUAAUGAUAAAUAGUUUAGUUACAUGCAAAUGUCCAAAAAUCAUAAAUCUCCAUUAAAUAGAUUUAAAAAGAUUAAAUAUUUAGGGAGAGGCAAUAUAAGUGAUGUUUAUUCAGUUAUAGAUACAACAACUGGAAUGAUAGCAGCAUUAAAAACUAUAUAGAAAUCAUUGAUAACUAGUAAAGGCAUUUAAGAGUUAAUAAAAACGGAAAUAAUUAUUUAAAGUGUUAUAAGUCAUCAAAAUAUACUUAAGUGUUAUGGGGUAAUCAAAGAUGAGAAAUAAAUUGCAUUGGUUUUGGAAUUAGGAGAGAUAACAUUAUUUAAUUAUCGAAAGGAAAAAAAGUUAAAUGAAAAAUUGAUAAUUGAUAUCGUAUAUCAAGUUUUAAAAGGAGUCAAUUUUUUGCAUUAGAACGGAAUCAUUCAUAGAGAUAUCAAGCCUGAAAAUAUCUUAUUGCAAAAUGGGAUAAUAAAGCUAGCAGACUUAGGAAUUUGUGUUAAGGCAACUGAAACAAAUUAAUAUUGUGGAACUCCUGGAUACAUGGCUCCAGAAAUAAUGGAAAAUUAGAAAUAUAAUAAUAAGGUGGAUUGCUAUAGUAUUGGAGUUCUUUUGCAUGAGUUACUAUUUGGAAAACUACCAAAAAUUGGUUAAAUAAUUAAUGGCGACACAUAACUUAUUAACUUAAUCAACUAACUUUUAGAGGUCAAUCCUAAUAACCGUUUGAGUUGCAAACAAGCAUUAGAAUAGGAUUUAUUCAAACUAUGUGAAAGUAAGGCUUUGAAAUAGUCUGAAAUGAUAAAGAACACAAUUUUAUGGGAUUGUUGAAAUGUAUAAUUUUUCAAAUAAUCCCCAAUUUUGUUUAAAACUAAUAUAAA